CCAGGCCGUUGCCGAGACGACGUGUAUAGCCAGCCCCCACCACAGCACCGGGGCACCAGGAGAAUCCCGUUCGGACGCUUCAACAGCAUCAACGACAACACAAGCGACAAAAAAAAGUGGAAGCGGCAGCAGCGACGAAGACUGCAACACAGUCGCCUUGCAGAGUUUCACAUGGGCUUCUACACGACUACCUGAGCCCACGUGAGCUUUGCCAGCAACUCCCCUCUGCCGCCUGGACGCCACUAUGGAUUCAGUUUGUGCCUCCUCAGCCAAUCAAGCAGCAGAAAUUCCCCCCACCUGUCCUGACAGUGCACCAGCCUUGGCUCAGCCACAGGUCCCACCACAAAGACCCUCAGGACCCGUGGAAGAUCCCCCACCUUACUCGCCCCCCGACCCGAAAACAGACUGCUUCUUCUUCCCAACACCCUGCCCCCACUACCCGGAGCAGCAGAUUGUCUACCCAACGGGUGCCCACCAUCCAGUGUUCUUCCAGCCCCGGUUCAUGCCCUCGACCAGCUACCCACCCUACAGCAUCUAUGUGAGCGGGCCGACCUCAGGUCAAGAGAACAGCUCGCAGCCCAAGGACUACAUGGUGGAGUCUCUGUUGGUCACCAUCUUCUGCUGCCUAAUCAGUGGCCUCGUGGCCCUCAUGUACUCGUACGAGACGCGUGCUGCCCUGGCCCGGGGAGACCUCGCCGAGGGGGAGCGGGCAUCCCGCAAGGCCCGGCAGAUGGUUCUGCUCAGCCUGCUUUUCGGGGUCUGCGUGUGCCUGGCCUGGAUACUGUACGUGGUGGUAGCCCUCUGUAUCUAAUAAGCAGAUGGGUUCUUCCUUUAGAUGCUCAGUUCAUAUCAUACGUAUUUCUGCCUGUCAUAUUAUAUGUAUUCCAAGGUUCAACUUGCAGAACACUAUACAAAAAAAAAAAAUGUAUUUUACUUCGGAAUUAAUGGGGAGGCAGAUCAGGAAACAAACUUUGUAAGCAUGCUGUGGAAAUCAAUUUAUGAGAAAUAAAGGUGAGGUUUUGUGUGUAUAGUGAA